CUUCACUGGUUCACUCGUUCUUGCAUUUACAGUCAGCUAGCCAGCUCAUCCAUCUACUCUUUCUCUUCACUUUGCUUCGCCAGCUUGAUUCUGCAUGCUACCCUUAAGGGCGAAAUCGAUAAGGAGAAGCAAGGAAAAUAAACAAGAUGGGGGAAAUGGUAGCAUCAGCAGUUGUGCAGGAGGCUGUGAGUGGAGCCGUCUCCUUCCUGUGCAGCAGCCGCAGCGAAAAGGCAUCCCAGGAGGAACUCAUGGAGAGGCUGGAGAUGGCGCACAUAAAGCUCCAUGUUGGGCUCGAGAGGACCAAGAUGAUGCCCAUUACCAUCGUGCCGUUGCUUCGCCUAAGGAAGAAACUGAAGGAUGUCUUCAGGGAGUGCGAUGAUCUGCUCUGCAAGGCGAGGGAUCAUCAGCAAGUGGUACCCUCUUUACGCAGAAAGAUUAUGCAUACUGUGCUGCCCUCUUUCAUUGUCCCAAAUCAAGAUAUGCUGUGCAGCUCUGUGGUUGGAAGAUUUGAGCGGUUUGUCAAGGAAGCCGACAAGUUUGUCAGGGACGUGGAGUCCGGAUCUUCACUUUCUCACUACAGGUUUCUCAGUUCUCCCAUCAGACAUCUUCUUGAAGGCAAGGGUCUCGACUAUCACAUGGUGCAAGGAAGCAAGGCUUUCUACCUUCGGAUAUGGACGGAUUCUGUGGAAGAGUAUGGCAGAGUCGCAUCGCUAGGUUUUGGUUACAACGAUCGCAAGGCGCCACUUAAAAAUUGUGAACUAUUCAUGAGUCUAAGACUAUACGAAAGCACAAACAUAGUUGGAAUUACCGCAAAAUGUUUGCAGUCACUUGGACCUCAAUUCAAGUCUUUGGUUGAAGAUGCAACUGGGGAACUCACCCAAUUACCCACACAAGACGUUUCAUAUUUCGAUUCAGUAUGGCUGGAACCCAUGGUUAAAUUAACUACAUAUUUGAGUCCAGACCCAUUUUGUUGCAUAGCUAAUGGGCUCAACAAGCCUUGUGCUAGAAAUAUUACCUCAUCGGAGUUAACAACCAGAUUUCCGCAAGAAGUUAUGUUCCUCAGAUUUGCCUGCAGUUUUUCAGCUUCUGAGUACUGCUCGUGGAGCUCAACUGAUGAAGCGCGUAUAAACGCCAUAAAGGCCUGGUCACCUCUACAGAUGAAAGUUUACUUUGCACCUCAUCUCUCGGAUGAAUUCCAGGACGGGGGUAGCUUACACCAAAAGGAGGAGGAAAUACAAACAAAGGCAAUUGAUUUUUUCAUACGUCAACCUGGUCUGACGGAAUACAGUAUGCAUUGGGCCUCGGCACAUGGUCCUGCAGUCUUUCGUGUUUUGAAGCCAAUCGCCAAGACUAGGAGGGCCUCAAAGAGAAGGCGGUAGAAGCUUAGACUUGGGAGCAGAGAAAAUGUUUCUUUUUUGCUUAAUUAGCCUCUAUGAGACGGUUUGCUUAGGUGCCAGUAUUUAUCAUGGUCUUUUUAUGCACCUACUGUUUAUCCCUGCCAUGUAGCUUGUAAACAUGGUUUGCUGAUAUGUCUAGUUCUGUAAGCCUUCUGGCACAGGGUUAUUUUUAUU